UUUUAGUACCUAACGAACCGCGUAUGGGAGUGCACGCGGCCGCUCGCUUGAAAAGUGAUGAGAAAUAAGUUUUAAAGUGUUUUAUUGUGUGCUAUAUCUUACGUUUCAAAAUGUUCCAAUACGAGUAUGAGAAACGGCCGCCUUCCCGCGACGCGUCUGACUGGAGGCCAGUGGAGCGCGGGCCGCGGCGCCCUCUCCCUCCCAGGCCCGUUGAGAGGGUACCUGCCAAGCCUACUGUGCCUUUGAAGGUGUGGGUGAUCGCAAGCGCCUCAUGCUUUGCCGUCUGCGCAGCCCUGGUGCUGGCUACAGUAGUCAUCACGAAAUGGGGGACUGGAGAACAAUAUACCACCAGAGAAUUGUACAUCGAGCCACCGGAACCUAUAUACUCCAACCUGCAAAAACCCGAAGAAACGGAUAUAGAUGAAAACAUACAAGUGAUACAAAAGCUACCUUUGUUCAAAAACAUUGUUGCUAAUAGAGAGAACAAAUCAUUACUAUCAAAGCCUCAGAUGCAUCCUCUACACGAAGACAUACAGCACCCAGAAAGAAAGAUCGAGAAGAAAGAUCAACCUAAAAUAAAUAUAGAAGAAAACUUAAUACCAGAAUUUAAACCUAUAGAUCUGAACAAUCAAGUGAAACUCCCAGAGAAUUUUAUUAAAUACAAAGAUUCAGAUUAUCAAGAAUACUAUGACGACGUCAAUCUAUAUGAUGAUUAUAUACAAAGUAAUACCAUGACAAAUUAUUUGAUAGAGAAAGUACAAGAACUUCAUGAUUGGGUGACAAAAGAUCCAGAUUUUGAGCUUAAAAAUACUACUAAAAGAAAUUACAGUAAUGAUUUUAGUCAAGUGCUAAAAGCUCUUAACUCUAGCUUGGUCGAAGGUGACGUUUCUAUCAUUAUGAGGACAUUAAAGGACAUAUAUUUUGGUGAACUGAGUAACACAAGUCAUUCUGUGAUAAGUAAUAGUUCGGAUUUGGUGUCGUUCGGUGUUUUGAGUUUGGAUGUGAUGUUGCUUCAUAAUAUACAGAUGAUGGCCUGGGAAAGUCAGGAGUCAGCGCGUAUCAAAAUGAUGAGGGACCCUGACGUCUUCGCGUUCAACGCAUUAUUUUUAGACCCCAAUAAAAUGGAGACGAUGCAAAAUGAAAUACCACACUCCAAAGACUUUGGGCACCCUAAACAUCCUAAACAAGACAUCGAUGAAGAUGAUUUUGGUAGAAAUAUGUUUAAGAACAUUCUGGAUAUCGGCAUGAGUACAGCCAGAGCUGCGUUGCAUCUCGGCAAGGCGUAUAAGAACACAAGGUCUCUCUUAAACCAAAUGACAAAAGAUGUACAACUAACAAGAGAUGUAGAAGGCAACACUCAAGUAUUAAAUCAUUUGCAAACAUCAUUUAACGGCAGUGUUGCCAACUCAAAUGAAUUUUAUACAGAAUUAGACUGUAUUUGGUUGUUAUACUGUAGGAAUUUGGUUGCCACUUCGAAACUAAAUCCGCCGUACGGAACAAUGGCGAGGAUAAAUGGUGUGGCGUUGCGGAUGCUAGCCGGAGAUCUAUCUGUAGAUAAAGCUAUAGAUACAAUAUUGUACGAAACGUUUACUGGUUGGAAGGAUUUGAAAUGCAACGACAUGUUUCCAAGAUGCAGCAAAGUGAAUGCCGCCGCAGUGAUCAUGGAGAAGAUCGUAAACCCGAUGAAGAAGCAUUCAAGGGGUUGAUGAAAUGAUGCAAGCGAACAAAUAAAAAAUUGUAAAUUAAAAUAUCUCGUUCAGUUGCAAAAAGAUGCCGCAACAUUUCCAAAAAAAUACUAUAAGUUUUUAUUAUUUGACAAAAUGUAGUUCUUAUAGCACUGACUAUAAUUAAUACAUUUUCGCGUGUCCAAGAAAUUUUAUUUAAUUUCUUGCGACACAGAAUUUUAGUUAUAAGUUUCCCGCCAUCUUCGGGUGAUUCAGUACUAAUAUAAGUACAAAUACGAAAGCCAGUUAUAACUUUUGUCUAUGGUCUGAAUAAAAACUAUCAAACAGAACCUUUCUAAUAUUUGAAAGUUGUCAUUGGCGUAGCACAGCAAGGAGCCGUUCAAGUAUUACGUAACGCAAUUUGGAGAGGAGAGGGAGUCUUGGAAAACGUUACGAUGCGUUACAGACGCGGGAGGGUUCGUACAAAGCGUUGUGUAACAUUGGAUUUUUAUUUUAAAACAAUAACAAAGGUAUUUUAUCGACUUUCAGGACUUUGCGUAACAUAAUUGUGAAUAUUAGAAAAAAAUGACACUUUAGUUACGUAACUUUUGGAGGGCGAGUGAGGGUGUACUAGAAAACGUUACGGCGCGUUACAUAGGGAGGUGGGCGGUUAAAAAACCUUAAAAAAUUGCGUUACGUAAUACUUGAACGGCUCCCAACCCAGUGUUUGUAGCCAUUAAAAAAGAAAAAAAAAUUGACAUGUCAAAUUUGAAAAUCGAAUGUCACUUUCAAAUUCGUCCGCCAUGUUUGUUUUAGUACGUACUUUUGUUUAUUCUCUACAAAAUCUAUUUGCUUUAAAAAUACAUUACGCUAAUACAAAUAACAUAAAAAAUUAAAAUCUAAAUCCAGUGAUCAGUUUCAUCGUUAUAUGUUAGGUUUUAGAAAUUAGUGCGUAUUUAAUAAAGUAAUUUUACUAUGAGAAUUCAAAAUGUAAGAAAUCGCGCGAUAACUGAAGCAGGGUUCAUAUGUUAAGAGGCUCAAAAUGUUAUAAACAUUAUAAAUAUGGACUGAUUGUUAAAUAAAUUUAUUGAACAAAA